UUGCCAAUUGCCAACCCAUUCGAAAUUCUGGACGUGGCCGCCACUCAACGUUUACCUUCUUCCUUCUCCUUAUUUACAUUCUCAGAUUCUUCACUUCAUUCUGCAACUUCCGAGCUAUGGCUAUGGCGUCCCAAGAAUGGCCGCGAAACGUCAAUCUCAUCUUCAAGAAAUUCUUGCAUCUUCUCACAGUCACUCUCCUCAGCCUCUCGCUUCCACUUUCAUUUCUUCUCUUUUGCAGGCUUGCUCGUUCUCAGUAUCUACAGGAUUUUCUUUCUCCGUCAACGCCUCUUCCUUCUUCUUUCGUUGCAUAUGCUGACCGAGUUCUUCUCUUGGUUCUGAUUUCUCUCAUCGCCAUAGCCACUUUUCUCGAUAACUUGCUUGGUAAAUCGAUUCUUCCGGCGAGACCGUCUGGCCUGAGCGCGGCUUGGAUCGGUCUAUGUGCGUUACAGGUCGGUAUGGCGUUGGGAAUGGACGAGGGAUUGGCGAUUGCUAUCGACGCUUCGAGCAUAGGAUUGCGGAGAAAUUUGUGGUGCCGGUUGAUGUUUUUCUUGGGGUUGCAUACGGCGAUGAUUCAUUGGUCGAAGGCGGCGGUGAAGCCGGUGGUGGACGAUACCGUUUUCGGAACGCCUGUGGAGGAGAGUUGGAGUGAAAGAAUCGCCAUGGCGGUGAGCUUUGGGGGAUUAUGGUGGUGGAGGUUGAGAGAUGAAGCCGAAUCUCCGGCGAUUGCUGCGGAAAGCAAGAUGGAGCUUCUUAUCGACCUAACUAUGGUGGAUUUCGCCGGUUGGGCUCUCUAUUACCUCAUUAUCGCAAUCGGAUUCGUUAAAACUUCGAGAAUCUUUGUUUGGUUCCUGACAUUUAUCCUUCGCGAGAGGAAGGAGGAAAGUUCUUCCCUAUUCUCCCAAUCCAAACGGAUUGAAGUCGUCUGAGAUUAAGCCUCUUCUGUAAUUAUUGAUUUCUCCUAUUUGAGUUAUUUCAUUUUUAUGGGUAAAUUUCUCUCCAUUUGAAUUCUAGAAAGAUAAAUGUUACCGCAAUUUUCAACUAUUCCAUUGAUCAUUGCUCUGACUUAUUUCCUUUCGCAUGUAAUCUCUGUGCAACCAUCAAAGAUGGUUGUGGGGGUUUCCAGUGCAGAGAGAUUGUAAUAUUAUUAUAUUUCUACAAUUUGUAAUCAUUCUGAUAAAGAAAAGAGCCAACAAUAAGUCAUCUCUGUUCCUUGUUUGUUCUUAUGGCUUAAAUUUCAACA